AACAGUAGGUGACUGAACUUUAAAUAUUCCUGAAAAGAAAAUUCUCAAAAGCCGUGCAUUUAUAACAGCAAAAGAUAUUUUGAACCGAUCUACAGUUACUGAAGGUUGCGUUUGGUUCAGCUGACAGGAACUCAAUUCACAUAACGGAAGGAAAUGAUGACGACGAGAUGCUGCUCCCAGUUGUUGGGAAUACUCCUGUUGUCGAUAACCCUGUUGAGUAUUGGGCUUGGCCCUGACGCUUGCGAUCCAGAUAAGUGUAGACCGUACGCAUUUCAUGAAAUUCUUCAGAAUUUCCGCAAUGGUCAUUGUUUUUGUAGUAUGGAAUGCAGCGAAAAGGAUUGUGAAGAACGCACUGGCAAGGCUGAUACAUGUGUUCUGAAAUGUUUCGGAGGCGGUUGUAAAGGACAAAACUGCGAAGAUCAAGUAAAAGAAUGUAAAAUGCAUCUGGGAUGUAACGGAAAGGAUUGUCAACAGACUUGCAAGGCUACAAAAAAAUGUGAAAUGAAUUGUAGCAGAGGCGGGUGUAAAAUACAGAAAUGCGAAGGCAAGGUGGAAGAAUGCAAAAUGCAUCUGGGAUGUAGUAGACAGCAUUGUGAACAAACUUGCCAGGCCAAAACAUGUAAUAUGGAAUGUAGCGGAGGCGGUUGUAAAAAACAGACAUGCGACACUGGAAAUGUGUGCAAUAUGCGCUGUACCGCUGAUAACUGUGCACAGACGUGCAAAGCUGACGCAUGUCACAUGACUAGAACCUGGCCAAUCAGUUCUCAGGAUCAGCUUGUAUGCUCUGGAAAUGGUGAAUGUUGUGGAAGUCUCAUGUCGUCCUAUGACACACUGCCUCUUAGUACGAUACUCUAUCAAUCUUGUCAAAACGAAAAUAGCUGCACAUGCACCAGAUAUGCAAAUAGUAUCUACAGCACUUCAAAUUUAUACACGUCGAAUGUCGUUGCGUCUACCGGAAUUCUUCUUUGCGCAACUAAAAUUUCAGCAGGGCAAGGAACAGAAGCUUGGACUCUGCGCCAAUCAUCGACGCAAUCACCGCUAUCAAUAAUCUCACCAUUACCAUUUCCCUCACCAUCAUCACAAUCAUCAUUAGCAGCAGAAGCAUCUUCAUCAACCGCAUCAAAAUAUUUUUUAUUAUCAAAGCUGGCAACAGCAAUAUCAGACGCAGCAGCAUCAGCAACUGCAUUAUCAUUAUCAUCAUCAUCAUUAUCGUUUGCGGGCGAAAUUCGCGGAUAUGUAUUUACGGGGAGUGCGUGGCAGAAGCGUGCAAAGUGGAACGGAAUUGGUUUUGGGCGAAGCGAAGAUGCUUGUGAUCCCAGUAAAUGUACAUCGAAUUGUAAACCUCUUUGGAAAUGCAGCAAUGGUUAUAAUUUUUGUGAGAUGGAAUGCAGCGAAAAUGAACAACAUUGCAAGGCUGGUUCAUGUGAUCUGAAUUGUUGUGGAGACGAGUGUAAAAUACAGAAAUGCGAAGAUCAGGUAGAACAGUGCACAAUGCAUCUGCUAUGUAGCGGGAAGGAUUGUGAACAGACUUGCAAGGCAAAACAAAAAUGUGAAUUGAAUUGUAGCGGAGGCGGGUGUAAAAUACAGAAAUGCGAAGAUCAGGUAGAACAGUGCACAAUGCAUCUGCUAUGUAGCGGGAAGGAUUGUGAACAGACUUGCAAGGCAAAACAAAAAUGUGAAUUGAAUUGUAGCGGAGGCGGGUGUAAAAUACAGAAAUGCGAAGAUCAGGUAGAACAGUGCACAAUGCAUCUGCUAUGUAGCGGGAAGGAUUGUGAACAGACUUGCAAGGCAAAACAAAAAUGUGAAUUGAAUUGUAGCGGAGGCGGGUGUAAAAUACAGAAAUGCGAAGAUCAGUGCUGGUUAUACAAAAAGUGUACCGCCAAAAUGCUAGUGACUUCUACCUUGGUGAACAGGAAAUACAAAGGAGCAUGA